GGAAAGAUUUCAUUUAUAAACCUAUCUUAACAUAGCAAGACAGAACUUGUGUCUGUUCUGUCUUUUCUGAUUCCGAUUGCAGCUCGCAGCCUAGUUAGUGUAGGCUGUGGCGAUACAGUUGUAAUCCACCUGGAAGUCUCCCCUAUCAAGUGGCAGGCAUAGUUGAAGCAACGGAAACCUCCACGUCUCUCCUGAAAACAGUAAAUUGAAAGAAUCGUUUUAUCUAACUACCUGAGUUUCAUUUUCUUAUAGUGAACUUCCUUAAAAUAUUCCCAACUGACCCAUUUGUAAACUUUUGCUACAUUGUCGUACGAAUAUUUUCAACCCUUAUUGUUAGGAACUAUUUCCCUCCUUCCAGGAAUAGGACUUUUCUUUCGGGUAACUAUUGAUUGAUUGGUGGUUGGGUAAACAAACAUGGGACAACCUUCCCUUGACGAGGUCUUCAAAAAACCUCCAAAAGACUGUUCCCAAGAUUAUUGUGAUCCUUAUGAGUUCUAUGAAUAUCAAAAAUAUUUGGAAAGAGAAUAUAAAGUAAAGACCGAAGAGUUCAUCUACAUAAAGGAGAAAGUCAAGGAGUGUUAUUACCGAGAAGGGGUUGCUCACUAUAAGAAUUGUCGUGAGCUUGUUGAUCAGUACUGGAAAAAGUUACGGGAAGUGCGCCGUUUCUAUCACGAACACCGUAGGAUUAUUCCGGGCAAAGAAUAUAUUCCUGUGCCGAAGCCCAAAAAGACGGAAGAACUACUUGAUGACGCGUCAGUGGAGCUGAACAAUGGCGGUGAGAGUAGUUUUAGUGAACAGCAAUCCUAGCCGUUAAAUCGAGUCCAGAUAAAGUUAAAUAAAAGCUCAUAAGUGAGUCUUUUAACUGUAGCAG